UCCAGUUAUUUAGAAUAAAGCGAGGAGAGAGAGGGAGAAAGAGCGAGGGACGCCAUAGCUGUCUGUCUGUCUAAGAGCGAAAAACCAGCAAACGGCUAUAAUUAGUUUUAUAGGCAGAGAAGGAAGAAGAAGAAGAAGAAGAAGAAAAAAGAUAUCGUUUUGUUGGUUGUUUAUUUGCCAGAUUUUUUGUUUAUGGGUUUGGGUUUGUGAGGAGGGUGAUUAUUGUUGAUCUGGGUUUGAGGGAUCUUCUCGUUUUCGUUUUUGAAAACAGAGAAGGAGAUUUGGGUCUGCAUUUGUUGUUUUGAUUAGUGGGUAUUAUAGAAUUUUGAAGAUUGUGAUUAGGGGAGGUGAUAAUCAUGGCGGAUGGGUACUAUAAUUCCAAGAAAACUGAUGAUAUUUGCGAGGAUGUUUGCGGCCAGCAGGGAUCUCGAGCAGCUUUGAGCUUGUCAAGACUCCGGUGUAUUUUACACGGGUUUGAUAUGAAGGCUCUGAUUUUUUUGUUUGUGGUUGUGCCAUUGUGCAUCUUUGCCAUGUACUUACAUGGACAGAAGAUCUCUUAUUUUUUAAGGCCAAUAUGGGAAUCUCCUCCCAAGCCCUUCCGUGCAAUUCCACACUACUACCACGAGAACAUGUCUAUGCAGAAUCUUUGCAAGUUGCACGGAUGGGGAAUUCGUGAAUCCCCUAGACGAGUUUAUGAUGCUGUGUUAUUUAGUAAUGAAGUGGACAUUCUGACAGUUCGGUGGAAAGAGUUGUAUCCCUACAUAACUCAGUUUGUGAUUCUUGAAUCAAAUUCAACGUUCACUGGCUUACCGAAACCAUUGGUUUUUGCUAGCAAUCGAAACAAAUUCAAGUUUGUGGAACCUCGGCUGACUUAUGGGAUGAUUGGAGGGAGGUUCAAGAAAGGUGAAAAUCCAUUUGUUGAAGAGGCAUAUCAGAGAGUUGCCCUGGACCAGCUUCUUAGAAUAGCCGGUAUAGAAGAUGACGACUUGCUGAUAAUGUCUGAUGUUGACGAAAUCCCUAGUGCCCACACCAUCAAUCUCUUACGCUGGUGUGAUGAUAUCCCCCCUGUACUUCAUCUCCAGCUGAAGAACUACUUGUACUCUUUUGAGUAUUAUAUAGACAAUAAGAGCUGGAGAGCUUCGGUUCAUAGGUAUAAGUCAGGAAAGACAAGAUAUGCACAUUAUCGUCAGACUGAUAUUCUCUUAUCAGAUGCAGGCUGGCAUUGUAGCUUUUGCUUCCGACGUAUCAGUGAGUUCACAUUCAAGAUGAAGGCAUAUAGCCACUAUGAUCGGGUGAGGUUUUCUCAUUUUCUGAAUCCACAGAGGAUUCAGGAUGUAAUAUGCCGAGGAACUGAUCUAUUUGACAUGCUUCCGGAAGAAUACACAUUUAAGGAAAUAAUCGGGAAGAUGGGACCUAUCCCGCGUUCUUAUUCAGCUGUUCACCUACCAGCAUAUUUAUUGGCCAAUGCAGAGAAGUACAAGUACCUAUUGCCUGGUAACUGUAAAAGAGAAAGUGGCUGAGUUCCUAAUCCACACACCGUAUUCACUGUAUAGCUUCAAAGAUUCAAAUUGUGCUUCGCACGAAAGGCAGCUACAUUGGAAUAGUUGAUGAGAGUGGUGUGACACUGCUAAUGGUAUAUUCUAUAACCAGAAGAAAAUCUAGGGAAUUCUUUACUGGGAAGAAGUAGAUGGGAUCCUGAAUUUUGUGGGGGGAAAUUCUGUGUAAUUCCUCGUUCUGGCUUGGGCUUCUUCGCACAUAUCCAGUUUGCCAUGUGGGAGAGCUUGCUUGUCUUUAGAGGAAUACAAUAGUGUAUCACAGUGGCUAGCUAACAUACCAUCCCCCUUGUCGGUAUGGCUUAGUCCUUAAAUUUAAUGAUUAGAAUUACAUUUCCCAGGUUUUUCCAUGAUGGGAAUUUUGCUGUCUCGGUCUAAUUUAUUCACAUACUCUUCUUUGAUCUUAAUCAGUUCAUUAUCUCCUUGAUUUGUACCAUCUGAUUACUAUCUUUAGUUGUUACAUUGAUUCAAACUGCUGA